GACAGCUUGGCUUGGCUGGAGCUAAGAAGGACCCAGACAUGAACAAUGUGUAGAGCUGGGUGACAUCUUCCUGUGCUAGAAGCUGAAUAAACAAGCUUCGUGACUCUCACAGAACAUUCUGGAAUGUAAAAACAGGAGUCCAGGCCCUCUGCUGUGCAACGUCCCUCCAGGAGUCCUGGGUGCCGCCUGGAGGCGUUUCCACACUGACUAGAGAGAGGCGAGGCGACAGAGACCUGGAGAGUGUGAAGCAGCUCUCGCACGUGCCUCCGUUGGUCAGAGAAGGGUCAACACCACCACAGUCUGCUAGCAUCUGGAGAGACACCGCAGCCGGGGAACUACAGAGCCACUGGCAGUGGCGCUGUCCUAACUGAGACACUAACCACCCACCUUGGGUCAGGUCUAGAGCUAUAACGGGAAGUGCUGAGUUCCUGCCACCUCAGCAGGAACUGGGCAAGGAAGGGUUACUGGUCCAGAAGACUUCGGGCUGCUGUUGGAGGGACCUGACCGGAAACCCCUUCCCUGGUGGGUUGUGGGUUCGGGAGUUUAUCCAGGAUACUUGAAAUCCUAAGGGAGUGCCUACCUGCACUGCAAAUUCAUUGUACCCUAGAGUUAGAGCCAAUAGAUACCCGUGACGAUGGCACUGGCGCUGUUGGAGGACUGGUGCCGGCUGAUGAGUGUGGAUGAUCAGAAAUCCCUGAUGGUGAUGGGGAUCCCAGUGGAGUGUGAGGAGGCAGAGAUCCAGGAGGUUCUCCAGGAGACGUUAAAGUCUCUGGGCCGGUACCGGCUGCUCGGCAAGAUAUUCAGGAAGCAGGAGAAUGCCAGCGCCGUCUUAUUAGAGCUCCUGGGGGACACUGAUGUCUCGGAGAUCCCCAGUGAGGUUCAGGGGAGGGGGGGCGUCUGGAAGGUGGUCUUUAAGACCCCUAACCAGGACGCUGAAUUUCUUGAAAGGCUGCACCUCUUUCUAGAAAAAGAGGGGCAGACAGUCUCGGGUAUGUUCCGAGCCCUUGGGCAUGAGGGCGUGUCUCCAGCCGCAGUGCCCUGCGUGUCGCCAGAGUUGUUGGCCCAGGUGGUGGGGCAGGCAGUAGCACAUGCCCCGCAGCCCCUGCUGCCCAUGCGAUACCGGAAGCUGCGGGUGUUCUCGGGCAGUGCUGUGCCCGCCCCCGAGGAGGAGCCCUUUGAAAUCUGGUUGGAACAGGCCACUGAGAUCGUCAAAGAGUGGCCGGUAGCAGAGGCAGAAAAGAAAAGGUGGCUGAUGGAAAGCCUGCGCGGCCCCGCCCUGGACCUCCUGCGCAUAGUGCAGGCAGACAAUCCUUCUGUGAGUGUGGACGAGUGUCUGGAGGCAUUCAAGCAAGUGUUUGGGAGCCUGGAGAGCCGCCGGACCUCCCAGGUGAGAUACCUGAAGACCUAUCAGGAGGAAGGAGAGAAGAUCUCCGCCUACGUGCUGCGGCUGGAGACGCUGCUCCGCAAGGCCGUGGAGAAACGCGCCAUCCCCAGGAAUAUCGCAGACCAGGUCCGCCUGGAGCAAGUGCUGGCCGGGGCGAGCCUCAGUGAGACCCUGUGGUGCAGGCUUAGGGAGCUGAAAGACCAGGGGCCGGCCCCCGGCUUCCUUGAGUUAAUGAAGGUGAUCCGGGAAGAGGAGGAGGAAGAGGCCGCUUUUGAAAAUGAGAAUACUGACGAGUCAGAUGAAGGUGAUGGCUAUGGCCACUGGCAUAAGGAGAUUGAUAACUAAAAGCUAAGUCAGAGUGAGCCUGCAGCCCGUGGGCCCGGGGACUUCGCUUUACCAGGCUAAGACCUUUUCCAUGGUCUUUUCUUUAGUGAAUGCGAUUAAAACCAAGGCAUUCAAGCCAAGUCUUGAUUCUUUCUGAGAAAAAAUUAUCUGAGAGUUUCUUGGACCUUAACAUAGAUUACCAAUAAACAAAAUAUUAAAUUCCAAAUGUGAUAUAGUAAUCUAAAGGAAAUGUCACGUUUCCUGUAAAUAUCCCCAAUAGACAAAGUUUGCCCAUACCAUAGAAAGCAGAAUUGACAUGAGAAAAAAGUAUCCUUUGUAACCUACCUGAAAACCUAGGCUUUUUUUUUUUUUACCUGUCGGGUGAUUUUCUUUAUCGAAUCAGUAAAUUCCGUGUCCCUGAAGCAGUGAGAGGCUCUGUUCAAG